AGUUUUGAAUGACAAAAUAUACCUCUCCUUGGAACACUCGACUGCGGGACCCCAUAAAUGUUAAAAGAAUCAAUCUAGCUUACGGGUCUUGGUGUUGAACAGUUUGGAUUCUAGAAACUUGACUUCAUUUCUACGUUGAGUGCGGAAAGCAAUAAUGAAUAAGCAGAUAUUACAGAUCAGAUGAGGUCAAUAUUAAGCUUAAGUACUGUUUUCAGCAGGCAAUUUCUCAACGUUAUUGGAUUCCACUUUAUGUGAAAAAAAUCUAAUAAAAUAAUAAUCACAAGUUUUUUUACUUUAUCCUUUGUUAUAUAUAUAAUAUUGAAGGUGAGAGUUCUGAGAGUGUGAUGUUCAUCUUCCAUAUUAUAUGCCGCCGUCUGUUAUAAGCAAAUGGAAGAUGGUAGAGGUGGUGGUACUGUGGAUAAGAACGGAAGGGCAGAGCAAUAUAAGGGAAGGGUCACUGUUCAUGUUAUCAUUGCUUGCAUUGUUGCUGCUACUGGUGGGUCCCUUUUUGGCUAUGACGUUGGUAUUUCAGGAGGAGUUGCUUCCAUGGAUGACUUUCUUCAGAAUUUCUUCCCCGCAGUGUACAAACAUAAAUUGCGAGCACAUGAAAACAAUUAUUGCAAGUAUAACAAUCAGGGGAUUUCUGCAUUUACCUCUACUUUAUACAUUUCUGGUUUCAUUGCAUCCAUAGUAGCAGCUCCAAUUACAAGAAGGUAUGGACGAAGGACAAGUAUCAUAAUUGGUGGUAUCAACUUUCUUGUCGGAUCAGCUCUAAAUGCUGCAGCUGUUGAUCUGGAAAUGCUUAUCAUAGGAAGGGUUUUGCAAGGUGUUGGCAUUGGAUUUGGAAAUCAGGAAAAAAAAGAGAUGGCGCCAACCCACUUUCGAGGAGCCCUGAACAUGAUGUUUCAAGUUGCAACCACUUUUGGGAUUUUUACAGCAAAUAUGAUCAAUUACGGAACACAGCAGAUUCAACCAUGGGGGUGGAGGUUGGCCCUUGGACUUGCUUCAAUACCAACUCUUUUGAUGACUGUCGGAGGAAUAUUUAUUCCAGAGACUCCAAAUAGCUUAGUAGAAAGAGGAUCAAAGGAACAGGGGAGGAAGCUCCUUGAAAAAAUCAGAGGAACAGAUGAGGUCGACGCGGAGUUCCAAGAUAUGCUUGAUGCGGGUGAAUUGGCAAACUCAAUAAAGCACCCCUAUUAUAACAUCCUUGAAAGAAGAUACAGACCAGAGUUGGUCAUGGCUAUCUGCAUGCCUGCAUUCCAGAUUCUGACCGGUAUAAACUCAAUUCUCUUUUAUGCUCCAAUGCUAUUUCAAAGCAUGGGAUUUGGCAGACAAGCAUCGCUUUACUCCUCAGCCUUGACUGGAGUAGUUCUUGCCUUAUCAACAUUCAUUUCUAUUGCAACAGUAGAUAGAUUGGGGCGACGGCCCUUACUCAUCAGUGGUGGAAUACAAAUGAUUAUAUGCCAGGUUAUAGUUGCCAUAAUUUUGGGUGUCAAGCUUGGACCAAACCAAGAAUUGUCAAAAAACUAUUCAAUAUCGGUUGUAGUUGUACUUUCUCUAUUUGUUCUAGCUUUUGGAUGGUCAUGGGGGCCACUUGGAUGGACAGUCCCAAGUGAGAUAUUUCCAUUAGAAAUCCGAUCGGCAGGGCAAAGUAUCACAGUUGCAGUAAACCUUCUGUUCACUUUCAUUAUCGCACAGGCUUUCUUGUCCCUUCUAUGUUCAUUCAAGUAUGGGAUCUUUCUGUUUUUCGCUGGCUGGAUAGCCGUCAUGACCAUCUUUGUUGUUUUGUUCCUACCUGAGACCAAGGGAAUACCCAUUGAGGAGAUGUCAUUUAUUUGGAGGAAACACUGGUUCUGGAAAAGGAUACUGCCGGAUGAUGCAGAUCGACUAUCCCAGGAUUCUGGAACUGAAUUAAUUAACUUAGGUGCACAUGAACAUGGAGUAUAGAACUGAUAAGUUUAUCCAAAUCAAUAGAGUUUACCUUUCCUUUGCUGUAAUUAAGAAAUUACACGACUAUAAAGCUAAUCGAAAAGAACAGUCUAGCUUUUGUUGUAUUUGUGGAAAAUGAUAGUUAUAUUUGAUUGAUUGUUCAUCCAGUAAUCACAAACAUAACAAAAAUACUGAUUGAUUGUUUCAA